ACGGCCCCGUGGAGACGGGUGGCAGCGGUCCUGGAGCAGCUGCUGAAACCAGCAGCAGAACGCCCGCUUGGCCUCCGCAAGGCGGCGGGGUCUCGUAACCUUGAGGAAAAAUGGCAGAAACCCAGACACUUAACUUUGGACCAGAAUGGCUCCGUGCCCUGUCUGGAGGCGGCAGCGGCGCCGGUGGCGCUGGCAGUGCCGGCGCCGGUGGUGGGAGCAGCAGUGCUCUUGCUUCUCCACCCCUCUCACCUGCUUUGCCAACGUAUAAACUUGCAGACUAUCGAUACGGAAGAGAAGAAAUGUUAGCACUUUAUGUAAAGGAUAACAAGAUCCCUAUAGAUCUACACGAUAAGGAGUUCCUACCCAUAUUGCAAGAGGAUCCCUUGCCACCUCUGGCACUUGUGUCCUUUACAGAGGAGGAACAGAGAAAUUUUUCCAUGUCUGUAAACAGUGCAGCUGUACUUCGGCUGACGGGGCGAGGAGCUGGGCCAAUAGUUGGGGCACCAAGAGGCCGAAGUACAUCAAGAGGUAGAGGUCGGGGAAGAGGAGAUGGAGGGUUUUACCAAAGAAGUUUUGAUGAUGUGGAAGGCUUUGGUCGUGGAGGGAGGGAGAUGCAUCGCUCUCAAAGCUGGGAAGAAAGGGGAGACAGACGAUUCGAAAAGCCUGGUCGAAAAGACCCAGUUGUAGAUGCUGUUCCGGGACAUUUUCCAAUCAAUCACAUUCGAGGUAACUACGAGGACGUUGGGACAACUCUACAAAGGAAGCACGACUUUACACGUUCCGAGAGUGAAAACUGGCGCAGUUCCCGUGAUGAUCAAAAUGAUGGACCACGGUCAGCAUGGCGGGAAUACCCAGACCAACGUCGGCGUUUACCAUUCGAUGCUAGAGAAGAUGAACGUGGUUACAGGAGACCACGAUCAGGUAGCGGCAGCCUAGAAGAAGAGAGGGACAGUUUACCAGAGUGGUGUCUGGAGGAUGCAGAUGAAGAGGCAGGCACGUUCGACUCAUCAGGAGCCUUUCUUUCCCUUAAGAAAUCCUCAAAGGAACCAAUCCCAGAAGAGGCAGAGCUUGAUUUCAAGCCCUUGGAGGAGUGUGAGGAGGACUUGGAGGAAGAUGACAGUCCCCACAAGGAGACCAAAGACACAGAAAAAGAGGCCAAAAGAGAGGCUGACCGAAAAGAUUUGGUCAGAGCUUCAGAGGAGGUUUCAUCUGUUAUUCCACCUGCUGCUCCAACAGUAUCGCAGUCCCACCCCCCUAUACAAUGUUUGUCCCUAAACCAAUCCAGCAAAACAGAUGAGAUGGAGAGAUUGGCUGAACGGCAGCCUCAACUGGAGCUCCCCCCAGAUCCUUCCAAAGCCGCCCUGCACAACCCUAUUUCUACUAGCAUGUUGGAGUCUCUUCCCAGGACCCACAUUUCCACUAGCCUUGCAGAAAUAACUUCCACCGUCAAACUACCCCUAAAAAAGCCCAUAGAAGUUCCUUUGGUGAUGAACAAUCGUUUACCUUUCCCUUCACAUGUACUGGCACCUAUCGCCAGGCCCACCACUGUGCCACAUGACCCUGAUGAAGAUGAGGGACUGAAACACUUUGAGCAAGAAGCAGAAAAGAUGGUAGCAUACCUCCAGGACAGUGGGGCGGAUGAUGAAAGGCCUGCAGCAAAGGCUUCAGAGAAGCCCAAGCCUGCAGCCCUGCCCCUCACCCAUGAAGCUGCUCUCAAGUGGUUUUACAAAGACCCACAGGGGGAAAUACAGGGUCCAUUUGCUAAUCAAGAGAUGUCGGAAUGGUUUCAGGCUGGUUACUUCACCAUGUCUCUGUUAGUGAAGAGAGGAUGUGAUGAAGUAUUUCAACCUCUGGGAGAAAUCAUGAAGAUUUGGGGAAGGGUGCCAUUCACUCCAGGCCCUGCACCUCCACCACUACAAGCAGAAGGUGACCAAGAGAGGUUGAAGAGGCAGCAGGAGCUCACUGCUCUUAACCUUUACCAGUUACAGCAGCUCCAAUAUCAAUACCUCCUCAGGCAGCAGUAUGCUCAGGCACUGGCCCAGCAGAAAGCUGCAGUUCUUAGCUCAGCUCCUCUUCAACAGCAACAGCAGCACCAACAGCAGAUCAACAUGCUCCUACAGCAAUACCAGGCUCUUAAGAUAAGAGCCUCGGAGACCCCUCUACCUCCUGUGACCCGAUCCUUGUCCGUACAAGAUUCGGGUUCUGUGUGGGAAAUGCAGAACCCCUCCUCUCAGGCUUCCCUCACACCAAACCUCCAACAAAUCCCUACAAGUGCAUGGGAAGGCAGCAGUGUUUGGGAUUUACCUAUAGACUCCAUGGCGCAGGCUCCAACUAUAGAGCAGAUGCAGCAGUUUGAGAAGGCAAAGGUUGCAAAGCUGGAGCUGGAGAGGCGUGACGCCGAAAUGAGAGCAAAAAGGGAGGAAGAAGAGAGGAAACGAUUGGAAGAGGCCCUCAGGGCUCGACAGGAGGAAGAACGGAAACGCCUGGAAGAAGAAGAGCUGGCACGGCAAAAACAGGAGGAGGCACUUAGACGACAAAGGGAGCUUGAAGAGGCACAACGCAGGCAAAAAGAGGAAGAGGAGAGACUGGCACAGGAGGAAGCUCUCCGAAGAUUAGAGGAAAGGCGAAGAGAAGAGGAGGAGAGGAAGAGGCGGGAAGAGUUACUUCGCAAACAGGAGGAGGAGCGCAGAAAGCAGGAGGAACUGGAGGCACUAAGGAGGCGGGAGGAGGAGAAGCGGGCAGAGGAAGAGGCAGCAGCAGCUGCAGCCGCAGCUGCAGCUCUAGCUCUGGCACAGCAACAGGAGGAACAGAAAAGAAGAGAACAGGAGGCCCAAAGACAACAGGAGCUGCAAAGACAAAGGCAGCAGCAACAAGAGGCCCUGAGAAGACUGCAGCAACAGCAGCAGCAACAGCAGCAGUUGGCACAGAUGAAACUUCCAUCCUCUUCUAAGUGGGGACAACAGUCAACCAGCACCAUCAACCAGGCUCAGAACGCCCUGUCACUGGCCGAGAUCCAGAAACUGGAGGAGGAGAGAGAACGACAAGCACGGGAGGAGCAGAGACGUCAGCAGCAAGAGCUCCUGAAGCUACAGCAACAGCAGUCGCUGCAGCAGGCGCAACAGACCCACGCCAAGCUGUCCAGUUGGGGUAAUGCAGCGAAACAGCCGGUUAUUACAAAGUCUUUGCUGGAAAUUCAGAGGGAGGAAGCCCAACAGGCAGUUCAGAGGAAGGAGCAGCACCACCCGCAGCAGCACCACCCGCAGCAGCAGCCGCCGCCGCCGCAGCAGCAGCAUCAACAUCCCAUCGUCACUCAACAUCCCAUCGCCACUCAACAUCCCCGACCUCAAAACAGAGCUACACCUCUGAGCAGCUCUGUGUGGGGGUCCGUUAACACCAACACUAACUGGGGCUCAGACUCCAGCAGUAUUUGGGGUGACGCCCAAAACUCAAACAUGGGCUUCUGGGACGAGGCUGUAAAGGAGGCUGUCCAGCAACCUCCUCAGACCAAAAAAGGCAACACUCAGAAGAACAACAAGGGCAACGCCAACCUUAGUAACUCUCUGAGUGGGAGAGCCAGUAAGAAGGCGGAGGAGGAAGAAAAGCUGCUAAAGUUGUUCCAGGGGGUCAAUAAGAGCCAGCAGGACAGCUUCAUGCUGUGGUGUGAGCAAACCCUGCACACCCUCAACACAGCCAACAAUCUGGAUGUUCCUACAUUUGCAUCCUUCUUGAAGGAAGUGGACUCUCCAUAUGAGGUGCAUGACUAUGUCAGGGCCUAUCUGGGGGACACUCCUGAGGCCAAGGACUUUGCCAAGCAGUUCCUGGAACGCCGUGCCAAACAGAACGCUAACCAACAAAAACAGACACCGCUGAAUCAACAGCAAGCCCUCAAACAGCAGCAGGAUUCUGUGUGGGGCGGAACAGGGUCAUCAUCACUCUAUCAGUCCAAUCAUACGACUGCGCAACAGCAGCGUUUUGAAACUGUCACCUCAGGGAAGAAGAAAAAGAAGCAGAAGAUGGUCCGGGCAGACCCAAGCAUUUUAGGUUUUUCUGUAAAUGCGUCAUCCGAGAGAUUGAAUAUGGGAGAAAUUGAGACUUUGGAGGACUUAUAAGGGACUGCAGCCAAGCCAAGCCAAUUCCACUGACUAUCCAGAUUGAACAGCAGCUGUUUUACCUAAACCGUUUCCCUGAUUGCUCCCACAACUCCACCUUUAUUUUUCAGAUUCCCCUCAAUCGAGCAUGCUCUGGUCAUCGCUCAUACAUUUCAAAUUGUGAACACACCUGGAAACCAAUGAGACACGUUGUUUUUUUGUUUUUUCAGUUGCAAAUGGACCUCUAGUUGGAGCUAGUGAUUGAAACAUGGACGUCUCUGACAUCAACGUCUCAACCCAGAAUCACAAGCUCAAGGAAGCAACAGAUCUGGCCCUUUAUUGUUAUGUUUUCUUUUUUUUUCUGUUUUAUAUGUGUGGAUAUGUGGUCGGGAUAGUCUGGUGAAGGUUAGAGAUUAUACGAAUGUUUAUGGGUUGUUUUUUUUUUUGGUUCAUCAAAAGACUCCCCCACCACCACCCCCUUAACCCCCUUCCUUUUUCAGCUGGUUGUUCUUGGAUAUUGGCGGCAAAGUAGAGCCCAAGGAUUCGUGCCCACUUAUGUCCUGUUUUAAGGACAUGUUCAAAAGUUCCAACUAGUUAUCUAUUUCUUGUAAAAUACUAGGCUGUUUAAAGAAUAAACUUUCAAUUCUGCAUCUGUAUUAUAAUAUAUGAAAAUUAUCUGCUGGAGUCAUACUUUUUUAUUGCAGUAUGAAAUAAUAAAACAGUCUUGUGUUUGGGCUGUUCACAUCUG